CAGUCCUGCUCCAAGAUCUUGCUAGCAAGCGCUUUUCGGUCCUAAGUAUGCGGUACGUGCGUGAAUGGGUGGAGCAGUUCCACAUCAGACCCAGUGCUGCAGAGGCAUGGCUGUCGUCUGAGAGGACAAAUGUCAAGCAUACUCAGCUUGGAGGAAGGCCUGACUGCCGAAGCGGCACCUGUGCUAGCGAUGAAUUUGGCGAGAAAGGAGGGAGAGGCUUCUGAGAUCAGCUUGAAGUCUAGAAGGCCGAAGAGAGCAGGG